UUGGCGACUAUCUUCGGUCUGGACUGGAAGGAUAGGAUGUUUGAGGAAGAGGGAAUGGCUCCUCACGCAGUUCAACGGGGCGAAAAGCCCAAGAGACGAGCCGCCCGCCCCGCCAACAUUCAAAUACCGUCAUUUUUCAAGGAACGCGGUGCCGACACCGACGAUGACUACGCCACGCAAGUCAGGAGGGCAGCAGGUGGCAUUUGGGAGAGGGUUGUGAACCCAGGUCACGACUUCGCCGACAGGGUGGAGGCUCGAUCCGGUAGCGACAGCGACAGCGAUAACCCGCAGAGGAAGCAGAAGCUCAAGAACCCUCCUCAGCAACAACAAGAACAACCUUCGAGCCCUGAUACGCCCAAAGCGAAGCCGUCCAAGAACCUUCAGCAGCAGACCCCGCUGCCCGUGGCCACGCUUCGACCUGCGCCAGCAGUACCAGCAGCACCCGCUCGCCCGCAACUAUCCAUUCCACCCGCCAUCGCACUCCCGCAAGUCUCAGCUCCUCCGUUGCGAGUAUCAGCACCGCCCAAGAUCUCGGCUUUACCAGCUGUAUCGGCACCACCCAAGGUAACACCCACUCCCUCGGCUUCCAUUCCGCCGGCCGCCGGGACGCCCGUUGCUCAACCAAAUGUUCCCGUCCAGCGUCCACCUGAGCCCGAGGAGCCACCACCACCGCCUCCCCCUGUUUUGGCACCGGCAGAGCCCGACCCGCCGCCACCACCGCCUCCCGAGGAAGUUCCUCCCCCUCCGCCUUCACCAGGUCAGCCGCCGCCGCCAGAGACGAUGACCGUAACAGCUCCUGCGCGUACCGUCACACUGAUCUCGACGAUGAUGCCUACUGGUAACCCUUCGAAUUAUCCAACGCCUUCAUUACCGCCUCCGGCUCCGCCGCCGAGGACAACUGGCCUGCCCCCUUUGCCGUCUGUGGAGCCAUCUGCACCGAGGAAGGGACUUGAUGGACACACUACGCCUACAGUCACUGCCACUUUGGCAUCAGCAGUCAUUCCAGCUGAGACCAUCUCAGCUCUCCCAGGACAGGCUGGAACGAGCCGUCCCGACAAGGAUGACGGCAGGCCACCACGUAUGAACCCCGAGACAGAGCACGCACUCAUCGCUGUCGGUUCAAUUGGUUCGUUCAUCUUUGCCUGCUUCCUUGGCUGGAUUGUGUGGAGGACGGUCAAGAGAGCCGCCAGGGCCAAGAGAGAUCGGGAUUCCUCAUACCGUGGCGACACCCCGGGAUUCGGAGCAAAGAUUCCCUUCUUCAAGAACCGAUCCGGCGGCGGUGGCUGGGAAAACCUUGACGGAAAUCAGAGCAUUCACCCGUCGCAAUAUGAAAAGGGGCCCAGAGGAACCUUGAGACUGAAUACCGAUGUCUACGGUCCCGACGGAAAGCCAAUGAACUAUGGUCCGGGCUCGGGAUACGGUGCCAGCUACAUGUCACCAGCAGACAACCGGGGCAGUCCCUUGACCGUCAGCCCGACGGGCACACUACAGAUGAGGGCAAACCCCAUGAACGGCCAGAGCAACUACACUAGCCAGGUCGGCACAUAUAACACACAAACGGGCACGUUCGUCAGCCAUGCGCCCAGCCAAUCUCUUACUCACAUCAUCGGACAAUACGGUACUCCUACGGAUCCCAGCAUGACGUUACGUUCAGGUAUGGGGGCUGGAGCAUACUUCAACCAGUCGGAGUUGGCUCGUCAACCGUCGGAUGCGUACGAUCCCAACAGGCGGCAAGUCAACAGAGCCAGCGAGCUGUCAUCGAUUUCGUCCGGCUUCGGUGACGGCGACAUUGUAGUCCCUGGAAUGGCCUUGCAACCGCCUCCUCCCGUGUCCAACCCGUUCCGCGCCUCCCAAAACGGUGGUCACUUCUCAUGGAUGAGCAAGAGCAACCGCGAUACGGUGUAUACCGAGACUAGCGAAGACUUGCCGCCUAGGUUCCGGACGGUCAACAGCUGGGUUAACCAGCAGACAGGCCGUGUGAAGAGAGCGCAGACGCGGCCGGAGACUGAUGAAGACGUGCCUCCCGUUCCCGGACUGCCGGCCGGGACGGGCCAAAACGGUCUCCCCCCCGAACCACAAUUCACCAUGAUGAUGCCGGAUGGCGAGAUACCUCGACGACCUGACCCGGCGCCGUCGACCGCGUCGUAG